AGGUUAGGCUGCACUCUCCUCCAAGGGUGGGCAGACUCGAGCUCCUUCUCUUGGGCCUGCUUUCACCUUGCUGUUCACCAAGCAACUGUUUUUGAGAACACGCUUCCCAAGAACUAAAUCUCAUCCAGAGCCCUCUGAUUAUAAAUGGGGCUGGUCACAGACCUGAGGAUGUCAAGGCUGAUGAAGACCAUCAAAUUUGCAGCUCUGGAGGGCAUGCAGAGCUGGGACCAGCCUCUGGGUCUGGCCCUCUGGCCAAGGUGCUGCUCCUCAGUGGGUUUGUUCUACCUGCUCCAUCUCCUCCCCGCUUUCCUCUGUGCCUCACCUCCUGAGGGAGGCCAGGCCUAGGCAGAGGACCAGGAUUGGUUGCGCAUGGAUGGGGAGAGCCGCCUGGUCUGGCCUGGCUGACUGGCAAGGGUCAAGUUCAUUAGGAGGGAGGCAGUUCAGGUUUCACUUUGCAGGAGCCUUGUGAAGAGGUGGAAGGAGGCGGAAGGAGCUUCCUGAUGGACUGAAGACUGUGCCAAGGUCCCGAGUCACCCCCCAGGGUCCUCUUACCCAACCCUGGACCACAGGAGUUUUGGGUACUUUGCAUUUAUUGUAGCCCAAGAAGAGAAACAAUUUAGUUACUAAUUUCUGCCAGGAACAGAGUCCAACUCUGGGAGGAAGUAGGGAAGAGGGCAGCUCUGCCUCCAGGUGUCCUGCUUACUUGGCUUGAUUUCAGGUGACAGCUGACCCUUGGCAUUGUGCUGGUACUUGAACAGUGUGUGGGCAGGUACUGGAUGGGUAAGUGCAGCCUCGGUGCCUUCUCCACCAGAUUCCCCUAGACUCUCAUUGGUAGCAGGCUGUGAAAACUUCUUCCUUAAUGCCACAAGACUUUGUCAGUGACCCUCAGUAGACACCUGUCCAUGGAGAGCACCUCCCUGAGGUCGGGGUUAGGUGUGAGAUCACCUCAACACACACCUGGAAAGAACCAUAGGCAUUAUCUAGACUAGCUCUUCUUUUACAGGUGUGAAAACUGAGUCCCAGAGAGAUGAAAUGGCUCGUGCAGGCUACACAGCCGUAGACAUUGCUGAAACAGGACUACACUCUCCUGGCUCCCAAUUCAAAGUGCUUUCCAGAAUUUUCAAAUGGUUCCAAAUUUUUCUUUUCUUAUUUGUGCAAACUUGGGCACGUUUCUUAAGUUCUCUGAAACGGAAACUUUCAUCCUUAGAAAAUAGGAAUAUUAAAUACCUACUUGGUAGGAGAGUGUGAGUCGUAUGAAUUAUUAAAAGGUAGAUCAAGCACCUAACACAUGCCAGACACCUCCUGGGCAGUUAGUAGGGGUCAGACACUGGGGAUCAUUGUCCCUGUGGAUGGAAACCACCCACUCUCAGACCUCCCUUCUCAGCCUUCCCACUGCAGGCAGGUCUGUGGCAGUGACCUCUUCUCACCUGUUGGGGCCAGCACCUGGGGAGGCCGUCACAUUCUUGUCAUUCCUCCUGCUGGGGGCUGCAGGAGGCGCUAGUUGUGUGUGUGUGUGUGUGUGUGUGUGAGAGAGAGAGAGAGAGAGAGAGAGAGAGAGAGAGAGAGAGAGAGAGAGAGAGAAAUAGAAGCUAGAAGCUGAGGAGUCCGGGAUAUGGUCCUCCUAACCACUAUGUUUGGAAAGCAGAGAGCCCCGCCAAGCUCCCUCCACUGAAGAAACUUCACAUUAUUUAUCUUAAAACACUACAUGUCUGCGAACCCGGGGCCGUAUGCAUGCUGGGCAAAGCCUUCUACACUGAGCCACAUCCUCAGCCCAGGUCCGUGGUCUUCAUCUAAGUUUCCUUGCCUGUGAGCCUGCAGCCCCUCACUCUCUCUGACAAGCUGCUAAGCAGAAGGCUUCCAGUCAGCGGGAAGAAAAGGCCGCUCAGCGGGGAUCUGAGUGACAAGAAUUGUCCCCACUGAAGUGCUGCGGGGCAACGGUGUUUAGCAUGGGCUGAGUCAUUGGACCUGUACCAGAGGGCCGGCGGAAAUGGGCACCUGGCUGAAUCCUAGGCAGUCGGUAGCAGCAAGGAGGAGAGGCCUGGGCUUCUGGGGCAGGGCUGAAAUAAAGCUGCUGUGGAGUGUGUGAACAGUUCCGACUGAGCCCCACCUGCCUGGCCCACCAUGGUCCAGAGACUAUGGGUGAGCCGCCUGCUCCGGCAUCGGAAAGCCCAGCUCCUGCUGGUCAACCUGCUGACCUUUGGCCUGGAAGUGUGUCUGGCCGCUGGCAUCACCUACGUGCCUCCCCUGCUGCUGGAAGUGGGGGUAGAAGAGAAGUUCAUGACCAUGGUGUUGGGCAUUGGUCCAGUGCUGGGCCUGGUCUCCGUCCCACUCCUAGGCUCAGCCAGUGACCAGUGGCGUGGGCGCUACGGCCGCCGGAGGCCCUUCAUCUGGGCCCUGUCCUUGGGUGUUUUGCUGAGCCUCUUUCUCAUCCCGAGGGCGGGCUGGCUGGCAGAGCUGCUGUGCCCAGAUACCAGGCCCCUGGAGUUGGCACUGCUGAUCCUGGGUGUAGGGCUGCUGGACUUCUGUGGCCAGGUGUGCUUCACUCCACUGGAAGCCCUACUCUCUGACCUCUUCCGGGACCCAGACCACUGUCGCCAGGCCUUCUCUGUCUACGCCUUCAUGAUCAGCCUUGGGGGCUGCCUGGGCUACCUCUUACCUGCCAUUGACUGGGACGCCAGCGCCCUGGCCCCCUAUCUGGGCACCCAGGAAGAGUGCCUCUUUGGCCUGCUCACUCUCAUCUUCCUCACCUGCAUGGCAGCCACCCUGUUUGUGGCCGAGGAGGCUGUGCUGGGUCCGCCUGAGCCAGUGGAAGCACUUUCAGUCCCCUCCACGUCUCCCCACUGCUGCCCAUGCCAUGCCCACCUGGCUUUCCGGAACCUGGGUACCCUGUUUCCUCGGCUGCACCAGCUCUGCUGCCGCAUGCCUCGCACCCUGCGUCGACUCUUUGUGGCAGAGCUCUGCAGCUGGAUGGCACUCAUGACCUUCACACUGUUUUACACGGAUUUUGUGGGUGAGGGCCUGUACCAGGGCGUGCCCAGAGCAGAGCCAGGCACUGAGGCCCGGAGACAUUAUGACGAAGGUGUGCGGAUGGGUAGCCUGGGGCUCUUCUUGCAGUGUACCAUCUCCCUGGUCUUCUCCCUGGUCAUGGACCGGCUGGUGCAGCGAUUUGGCACCCGGGCAGUCUACCUGGCCAGUGUGGUGGCCUUCCCAGUGGCUGCUGGCGCCACUUGCCUGUCUCGCAGUGUGGCUGUGGUGACGGCCUCGGCAGCCCUCACCGGGUUCACCUUCUCAGCCCUACAGAUCCUGCCCUACACGCUGGCCUCCCUCUACCACCGUGAGAAGCAGGUGUUCCUGCCCAAAUACCGAGGGGACACUGGCAGUGGUGGCAGUGAGGACAGCCUGACGACCAGCUUCCUGCCAGGCCCAAAGUCUGGAGCUCCCUUCCCCAACGGACACAUGGGUGCUGGAGGUGGUGGCCUGCUCCCAGCUGCCCCUGCGCUCUGCGGCGCCUCCACCUGCGAUGUCUCCAUGAGAGUGGUGGUGGGUGAGCCUACCGAGGCCAGGGUGAUCCCGGGCCGGGGCAUCUGCCUGGACCUUGCCAUCCUGGACAGUGCCUUCUUGCUGUCCCAGGUGGCCCCAUCCUUGUUUAUGGGCUCCAUUGUCCAACUCAGCCAAUCUGUCACUGCCUAUAUGGUGUCAGCCGCAGGCUUGGGUCUGAUUGCCAUUUACUUUGCUACACAGGUAGUAUUUGACAAGAGUGACUUGGCCAAAUACUCUGUGUGAAAUGCUUCCUGCACACUGAGGAGGGGGCCUGCCUUGCCUGGUCUGCGUUCCCACCGGGCUGCAGGGCUGACUUUCCAGUUUUUGUUGCUGCCAAAGUGGCAUGGCUCUCUGCUGCCACCCCGUGGCAGUGAGUUGCAUAGCUGCAGAGAUAGGGGACGGUGGCUUCCCUCUCCCAUCUCCCCAGUCUCUAGGGCUGGCCGAAUGGCAGUUUCAGUGUGGAUUUGUGCAAGGAGGCCAGGAAGGCAGAAUAGUUGAUUAGCUCCAUGCACUGGAAUGCAGGACUCUGCAGGUGGCCUGGCCAGGCUCAGGGUUAACAGCCAGUGUCCUGAUUGAGACCUACCUGGAGAAGGGAUUUGAAAAACUGAACAAACUCCCACCCCAGGCCCCCUUAUUCUGCAGAACCCCUGCCCGUGUGGCUCUUGCAUGGAAGUUUCUAGUGUGAAACUUUCAACAAUGUUUGGAGGGGUGAAAGCUAAUUGAGAGGAAGAGUCCUAAGGGGCCAGGUGAAGCCCCCUUGGUCUACAGCACUGCCUUUCUGCUGAUCCCCCCAAACCCUUUUAUCAGGACAUGGCUUGUUGGUCCCUGGGUUGCCAUCAUGAGGACACAGGCCUUUAAAUAUUUAACUUAUUUAUUUAACAAAGUAGAAGGAAAUCUAUUCCCAGCUUUUCUGGGUUGGUGUCUCGGAGUUGGGUUCAGUGGGAUCACCAACAACCAGUCCCCUGAAAUGUCUGGUCAUUGGGCUGAGCAUUGCCAGAAUCCCUUCUCUUGGGGUGAUAGGUCUGGCCCCCAAAACUACCUAACCCAGCACCUUGGAAGCACUACUCACCCCAGUUGAUAUCCCAGAUGUCCUCACCCAAGGCUGGGGACAUAAGGAACAGUGGAAAAGCUCCGGGCCUCAGCAGCAUCCCCAGCCUCCUCUCCUCCCUUGGCCCAGCCUAGCUCCUCCAAUUCCCCUCUGUUCCCUGUAGGACUGGGAGGAUAAAACACUGCCCUUCACUCCCACUUCACCCCAACUUUCCCCACCGGCUCCACAACCUCUCUUUGGGGCUAUUGCAGGACCAGAAGCACACCUGUGGUUCCUCGAGCCUUUGUCCAUCUCAGCCUCCAGGGCAUAUCUGUGCUCGGGGAAUCUCACACAAACUCAGGAGCACCCCACCGAGCCAAGGAGCUCUUAUAUCUUGGGGGUUUAAGUGCCGUUUGCAAUAAUGUUAUGUCUUAUUUAUUUAGUGGAGUAAAUAUUUUAUACUGUAUGUGAGCAAUCAGAGUAUAAUGUUUAUGGUGAUGAAAUUAAAGGCUUCCUAUAUGUUUAA